ACCACAAACAAGACGAUCACUCACCGCAGAAACAGAACGCAAAGCUCAUCACAAAACUUUCUGAAUUUCACUCCUCACCAACAAAUCCCAAGAAUUUCAAAACCCCAUUUGAAUGGCAUAUUCUAUAUGUUCUUCCACACCCAUUUUCUCCUUUAAUGCCUCAACCAAGCCCAACCCUGGGGUUUUUGUUGGCAACUCAGUGCCCCAGAAGGCUUUUCGGAUCAAUGAAGCGUUUCAAAGAACAAACCCCAGGAAGCUUUUGUCCGUUGAGGUCAAGGCUUCAGAUGGUGCAGAUAGUAAUAAACCAACCACAAAAUACAAGAGCAUAGUUUGCACAGACUGCGAUGGAAAUGGUGCUGUCCAAUGUGCUCAGUGUCAAGGAACAGGAGUUAAUUCAGAGGAUCACUUCAAUGGGCGGUUUAAAGCUGGUGGCUUAUGCUGGUUGUGCAGAGGCAAAAGGGACAUCCUAUGUGGGGGCUGUAAUGGAGCAGGUUUUGUGGGUGGAUUCAUGAGUACAGCUGAUAGUUAGUUCAUCAAACUCACCAGUUCUUUCAGCUGCACCACAAAUUUGAGUAUUUUAAGAUGAAAAAGCCUAUUAGUUUCAGUAAUUUUGUAUAAUGGGUCACAUUAUUUCUAAGUCUGUAUUUCAAAAUUAUGAAUGUUCUUCUUUUUCUAUAUUGUUUUGUUGCAUAAUUUGAGAUCGUUGAUCGUAAUGAAUGAUUUUUACACGA